AUGACAGGCGAAGUUCGUCAGAGAAAAAAUGUGGAAAAGGUUGAGAAGAGCGAUGAGAAAAAAGUCGAGGCUAAGUCGAGAAAACGGGUGAUUCGAAGAGUUCUUCCCUGGUGGACAAUGGCAGUUACGCCGUUUAUCGCAAUGUCGGUUGUGACCGGAAUCGACUCGUUUUUGGAUGGACAGAUUUCCGGCUUGGAGGGGCAGGUGACUCGGGUGGAGCUGAUGCUGAAAGGAAUGAAUGAAGUUUGGCCGGUUGAAAAAGCUGAUAGAUUCAUCGCCGAGUUCAAAAAGCUCAACGAAACGCUGCAAGUCCAGAAAAAAGACCUGAUGGAAUACAUCAAAGGCGAAUUCACCGAAAUCGGCGACCCAGGAGGAAUCAUUCUUCAGAUGGACCAACUCCUCGAAGACUUGCGAACGAUCAAGACCCAGGAAGACGAGCGCUUCAAAAUCGUCAAGCAAGCGAAAGAAAAAAUGGACGGAGCGCCAAGUCUGAUCUCCCAACUCAAACAGCACGAAGAAGGGAUGAGAAAAUCGACGAAACAAAUCAAAGAAAUUUACGACGCGCAUUCGAAGUUUUUUGACGAAAAUGAGCUAGGACAAGGAUACAUUAAUUUGACAGAACCGAUCGAGGGUUUGCAAGAUGAAAUCACAAAAGUCUUGAACACCUGCCGAGAAAUCGGAGCCCAAAGAUUCAUCGCAAAUGAAUACCUCACUUUUUACAAGAAAAAAAUGGAUGAAGCAUUCGACAAAAUCAAGAGCGGAAAAUUCAAUUCCAUUCCUGACCCAGUUGCUCAGACCGAAGAUCUCAAUCCUUAUUUUGACCGAUAUGUCGAGGCGAAAAAGGAGUUUUUGAAAUAUCACAACUUUACCCAAGACAUGCGGGAUCGAAUCGAGCACAUCGCAAUCAACGAGAAGUUCACGAACAAUGAGCGAAUUCGACUUGCUGAUACUUUUGGCACUCCUACAGAAUACUUUGCUUUGGUGAAAAAAUUGAUGGAGUACCAGGAACUCAAGCCAAUGUCCGAACUAAUUGUCGAAGCAAAGGGCACUGAGAAAACGAUAAGAGAUAUGUACAAAACCAACUGUGGUCAACAUACAGAAGCGUUAAUCCAAUCCUACACCCGUCAAAUCCACGAACUCGGGGCGAAAAUCGACAAGGCUGUUAAAAAAGCAAACGAGUUCGACUUCAAAGCCAGCUUCGAUGAAAAACUAGUCUUCGAAGUGAAACAGCGAGAAAUCGGUCUUGAAAGAUUCAUAAACAAACUCAAGGCGCAAAUUAUCGUUGCUGAAACUGCAGCUGCGACAAAGUACUACAAUUUUAUCAAGAAUCAAAAGGCGACGCUGACGAAAAAGAAAUCAAAGCUGAAAUUUGUCAAUUAA